AUGCGACAGAGCGACAUGACGCCGGAUGUGUGCGCCGCUUACUGCCUCGAUGAAGGCACCUACACGUUCUACGGCGUGCAGUAUGGGCAAGAGUGCUGGUGCGGAACGUCGGGCACGGAGUACGACAGGCUGGGCGCGCUCGAGAUGUCCGAGUGCGACUACCCUUGCACCGGCGACGCGAGCUUGUCGUGCGGGGGUUUCGACUCCUUCCACGCGUUCGAGCUUGGGGCCCUGGAUAAGCCCGAGGGGUACCUCGGCUGCUUCGUGGAUUCCCAGAGCUCCAGGUUGUUCUCGAACCCCUUCGUGGCCAGCGCUAGCAACACCGCGGAGACCUGCAAGGCCACCUGCGCUGGAUUCGCGUACUACGGGCUCCAGUACAGCGAAGAGUGCUUCUGUGGCCUUGCGGACGAGGACUACACCCGCCUCGGCACGUCCGACGCGUGCGGGUACCGCUGCACCGGGGACGUGCUGUCCACGUGCGGUGGCUUCAACGCCAUGGACGUAUUCGCCAUGGACGACGUGACGUCCCCGCCUGCCACGGCCCCGCCUACCACGGAACCCCCUGCCACUGCCCCGCCCGUCACUGCCCCUCCUACCACGGCUCCCCCUGCAACGGCCCCGCCCGCGACAGCCCCUCCUACCACGGCGCCCCCUGUAACGGCCCCGCCUGCCACCGCCCCUCCUACUACGGCCCCGCCUGCUACCGCCCCGCCUGCCACCGCCCCCCCUACGACGGCCCCGCCUGCCACGGCUCCCCCUACGACGGCCCCGCCUGCCACGGCCCCGCCUACCACGCUUUCGCCCGCCACGGCCCCUCCUGUCACCGGAGACGUGCUCGUCGACUUGGUGCCCUGCCUGUUAUCUACCGUGGCGAUUGGAGAAUCGACUAACCCGGGACUGUACGUCAUGUCCCUGUUCUUCAAGGGAUACUGGUCUCCCAAGACGGAGGAGUUUGUCGUGUCUGACACCGACGACCUAACGGCCCUUCUGGUGGACUCGACCGACGCCACGCCCCACGGAAAGUGCAACGCCGUGUACAUCGGCUACGCGCCGUCGACGGCUCAGGUUGCCGCUCUCACGGCCUACUCGGCACAGUACAAGGUCCGUCUUGUGUACUUGCCGUCCGCUCUCACCCACACCACCGCAGAGUUCACGACGAAGCUCGGGAUCCAGACGUACUUCGCCGGCGACAUCAUGACUCCUGCGUACGUGCAGCUCAGCGCCCUGGGUGAUGAGAAGGUGUCUAUCACGCAGCCCGGCUUCCAGACCGACCCGAACCUCUUCACCCCCGCCCUGUUCAGCUACCCGGUGAUCAUCAACGCGGUUCCUGAGGCGGGGAUCGAGGUCCUCGCGCAGUAUGUCGAUAGUGCCGGCGAGCCCUACCUCUCCGGUGCCGCGGGUGACCAGGAGAACGCUGCGGUGCUCAGCUACACCGGUGCUGACGGCCACGAGGAGUUGCACGUCUUCAACACCAUCGGCUGGUUUGACGCCGGCGCGUGGCCGUGGGCGCACUUCUACAACGAGUGGGCCACCAAGGGCAUCUUCAUGGGCGAGCGCCGUUUCUACCUGGGAGCGGUUGUCGACGACCUCUUCCUCUCCACCCCUGAGUUCGAGUACGACGGAGGAAUGAACGAGGCUGCGGUCUCCCAGCGGUGCACGGGCGAUGACCUGAGCCAACUGCUCAGCGUGCAGCAAGCCCUCAACACCCAGUACUCGGGGUCGGAAAUCAUCACCGAGUUCGCCUUCAACGGCGGCGGGAUUGCGGAGCAUGUAUCACAAUCGGUGGAAGGCAUCACGUACGUCCCCAACUACGAGGAGACCAUGGUGACCCUCAAGGGCACCAAGUGGUUCGAAGACGGUCAGAUCAACGUGCACGACACCAACUGGCUCGCCACCAACGUGCCUCUCAUGCAGCAAGACAUGGCCGACGGCACCUGGGAGGCCAACGACGACCUUCUCGUCGAGCUUCGCGAGACGGACUGCGUCACCGAGGACACCGGUAACGUGCAGAUCGCUCUCAUGACCGGAAUGUGGGACAGCGACAACUACAACUGGCGCUCCAUGGUCUCGCCCGGCAUCACGGGUCUCUUCAACGAGAACUGCCUCGACUCGGCGGCACAGAACCUCAUGGUGUGCUACCCUGGCGACAACACCUUCGACGGAACCGUGUCCGGUGCCGCGAUCUUGGUCAACGAAGACAACCAGUUCCACUCGAUCUACACCACGACUUCCAACAACGGCUACGAUGGUGCCCAGAUCGUGCCCAGAUUCGCGACCUUCGUGUACUUCAACUGCGUCAGCGGCUCUUGCCUCGUGAACGAGAACGAGUACAUCAGGCGCUUCGUAUGCGAGUGCACCCCGCUGGACCCGAGCAUCGCCGACUACACUUGCACGAGCACGGCAGACGAAUGCGUCGACGACGAUGGCGCCACCGACAUCCAGUCCUUGGGUUCCAUCGAGGCCCUCUUCGACGCCGAGGCCUCCACCACCACGCGCUACAUGCUGACCGGCCGCAGGGACAAGUACAUGUUCCACCAAGCCAACAUCAUCCCGGCAGGGGACGUCGGCGACGGAAGCCAGUCCCUGCUCGACUACUGGUACGAGCGCGUCUUGGAGGUGUUCUCCAGCUACAUCACCUUCCCGGUUAAGAGCAUCAAGUUCGACGACCUCUGCACCGAGUUCACGCUCCACGAGGCCCUGGACGACUCGAGCCCGUACGUCACCAUGGCCCUAGACGAAACCGGGGCUGUUACCGGCUUGUCCUACGUCUCGGGUAGCGGGGCCGGCCUCGUGCCACUUACCGUCCCGACCGCUUCCGCCGCCUCGAUCCCCACGACUGGGCUCUCCAUCGAAGACACCGAGACUUACGGCACCGACACCACCUACUACCUCAAGGACGAUGACGCCUCCACUGUCCCAAGGGUGGGCACCAAGCCUGAUGCCAGCGAGCUCGCCGAAGUCCCGCUGCCUGUGGCCGAGAGCGUCGAAGGUGACGCCAGCGCUACCGAGACCCCGGCGGAGAUCGUGGAGAACGCCGAGGAGUUGGCGGAGAACCAGGAGGCGAACGCCCUCGUGCCAGCAGAGAACGGCGGUCUCUUGGCCGACGAGGGCCUGGUCGACGCGGACGUAGCCGCAGACGUGGCGAUCGAAGAAGCGGAGGAAGAUGGCCUCCUCUAAGGUUUUCGCCGGAGAGAAGGUGUUAGGGCGUCCCGCCUAACGCGCUCUGUUUGUGGAGCGAAUGGGAAGAAAGCGUCCUCCCAUAGUUUUGUUUUAUCCAUCUCUUUUCGAUUCUUGUUAUUUUUCUCUUGUCCGUUGUGUGUUUUUCGUCUUUACAAACGGGCUCUGUAGAGCGAACGGGAAGGCGUUUUUGUUUUUUGUCUGUUGCGUAUUGUUCGGCUUCAGAAUAGUGUCUCAAUGAGUGAAGGUGUGCUUUCCUCACGUGCACGAGGCCAUUUACACUAUGUAUACGUGUACUGUGCGCUAGUAAGUACUGGUAAACCUGCCAUUUUAGACUAGAACACACGUGAGCCCCCCCCCCCCCUUCAAGGUGAAAGGGCACCACGUAGGCAACGACUGCCAAGGCUGCGAGUGAGGUGUAUGUUGUAGUCCAGAUCCUUCAUAAUGAAGUAGGUGUUUUUUGUCACAAGGGAACAUACAAAGCCCCGUCUAUUCUCGGUGUUGCUGAGGACGGAGGGAUCGAUCUCCGUCUUGACGGGGUGCUUGCUCCCCGCUAGAAGUUUGUCCCGCCAAUCGCCUGGUGCUUUCAUUCCGAAGCACGCAAAUGGUUGUAUCGAGCGGUGGUUGUAGUGUCUCUUUUUUUUUGUCCGAUUUGGCUGUCGUUUGCUUUGCAUAAACUUCAUGCGUUCAUGUGUUGGCCAUGUGGUCUAAGAAAUUAUAUCUAGAUGCAAGACUUGGCUUGGUGAUGCGCUGCACUCCUUUCCACCAAGAGAAGCCUGCUGGGCGUGCUGACCAGAAUCGAUGGUCCGAUGUCGUUCGGUGUGUCAAUUAGUACAUAAGGACUGGAGAUGGUUGGUUGAAGUCGGUUGUGUGUGCUGUUGUAGCUGAGUGAUGGCACACGAUAGCAUGGUAUGGCGACCCGUGUUUGGGUUAGGCUUCACGUGCACAUAGGUACAUGCAUUUCGCUUGUUGAUAGUGGUAAGGUCGAUGAUCGUGUAUGCGAAUAUGGCCGUGUACGAAGUACAGUAGUUUUCUUUUUUUGUGGAAGGUUGUCUUUCUCGGUCUGCAUGCCCCAUGGCUAUCUAGAGCUCCAAUGCCUCGAUGUGCAGCUGUAGCCUUUUAACCGUGUAGCGCGAUCGUCCCCACUCCCGGGCAACCUGUAUCAAAUAAAGUAUAAAUAGAGCAAAGGCCUUCGAAUUCCUUCGGUGAGAGGUGGAAUGCCGAGCAGGCUGAACUCAACUCGACAGUACACAGUAAAGACUUUUGUACGUAAAGAGUUUUUUUUUUGUCAACAGGUGGGAGCCCACAACGUAGUUCUGAAGGUUGAUAAAAAUAAGCGUAUUUCUGAAGCUUUUGUUGCGACCAAAAUCAAACAAUACU